AUGGGUUCAGAACAGUCGGUGCCACCAAAAAAGCAGCCACAAAGAGCCCCACCGGUACGAAGAGGCCAUACCAUAGCCACAUCCAAUUUUCCCGAGUCAAGGCGACCAGAACCGACACCAAGUGGUAACAAUUCACCAGGAGCGAGUAUGUGCUCAGAUUCAGAGUUGCCGUACAUAUCGUAUACUGUAGAUAGACCUAUCGGAGAUUCACCCAAAAACUCUGCCAAGUCCCAACGUUCGACGGAGAGUAAGAAAUCUCUGCUUCAACGAAGGCAACUCAGCUUACAAGCGAGAAGGAAUAAGCGCGCCCGGGAUAUUGUGGUAGUGAAGCCAGCUACUGACACCCAGUUGGAUGAGGAUAUCAGGAGAUUACAGGAGAUACCAACAUUUCUUCCGAUAAUGCGAGGAACACUCGGCCUGCCAGGCGCAAGAGAUCCUGAAAUUCUUGAAGGUCUUGAUCCCAGACCCUGGGUCAGGAUGACCACACGCAUCCAGGCUCACCUGUCGGCCUGUGCCCAACCCCUGGCCGCAGAGGAAAUACAUUUAGCGAAUAAAAUCAAAGAGGCGGACACAGAGAUAUCCCGUCUGUAUUCGAUGACGGUUGAGAAACAGAGGAGCAAUGCCCGUCACGCUGAGAGGUUGUCCAGGGUCAGGGAGGUGUCUCAUCAGCUCUCCAGGUGUAACUCGUUACUGAAUCAGACGCUACAAGACAUAGAGGUAUUAAACCAGUUACUGCCGGAGAGUAAGAGACUGCCGCCAUUUGUAUGGAAUGAAAAGAAAGUUGUGAAUUGA